GACAGAUAGAUAGAUGGACAGAGAGACGGACAGAUAAUAAUUUAGUUCAGUGGGGAACACGUGACGAGCGUCGCGCACACUAUCUGUCUUCUAGUAAAGAGUCGCGUGCAGAGGGACACAGUCAUGUCUUUCGGACGCGCAUCACCUGUAGACUGUUACUGGAUAUCAGGACAUUUGACUCAGUUUGCAUCAGAUUAAACUCCAAUCCACAAUCUAUUAAAGGACUUCAUUGCUUUCCUCACAACUGCCAUAAUGAAAAAUGAGCAGAAUCACUCUGUAAUAAACAAAGAGCAGCAAGUUAUCGUCAGUAUCAAAUCCAUAGAUGAUAUUGGUUAUGAUCUCCAAGAUUCAAUGCUCCUGAAAGCUCUCAGUCCAGAGGAGAACACACUUUGUCGGCGUGGUCUGUACUUCCAGGAUGGCAAGAGACGGGUAGACUACAUCCUCACUUACCAGAUCAAAAAGACCAGUAGCUCAAGACGGCAUACGAUACAUCUUAUUGACAACGCCUUCACUCGUACCCUGCGCCGUGGUCGAGGGCCACCACCACCCAAAAAUGACCCUGAAGCAGGCUCUCGUGCUCACAACAUGAACCACCACGAUGAUGACAAGUGUUUACGGCGUGAGGAGUUUGAGAUUAACCUGAUGGAGAUGGGCCUGGAGCUGGAGAGAGAAGAGGAGACAAAGACUCCUGGUGUCGGCUUUGUGAAGAUUCACGCUCCGUGGGGUGUUCUCUGUCGAGAGGCAGAGUUUAUGAAAAUGAAGAUGCCUACCAAAAAAGUUUAUGAGGUCAAGAAGAGUAGAGGUGUAUUGGAAAAGAUCAAUACGUUUGUCUGCAAACUGACAGAUCCCCUUCACCCAAACGUGGAUGAACACAAAAUACACAACGUGAAGCAUCUUUCCUACCCAUUCUCCAGAGAAAAGCAACAUUUAUUCGAUUUGUCUGACAGAGAUUCCUUUUUCGAUAGUAAAACAAGAAGUUCAUUAGUAUUUGAAGUUUUAAAACGAACCAAGUGCACAAAAGCUAAAUUUAGCAUGGGAAUAACUAGUCUACUGGGCAGCGGAGUUUAUACAGCAGCUUAUCCAUUACAUGAUGGUGAUGUUGCUGGAGAAAGCGCAGAACCAAACGACAGAAAAUUGCUGUAUGAAGAGUGGGCCAGCUAUAGUGUCUUUUAUAAGUAUCAGCCUGUUGGUUUGAUCAGGAAGUACUUUGGAGAGAAGAUCGGUCUAUACUUUGCUUGGCUUGGGGUCUACACACAGAUGCUGAUCCCUGCCUCUUUAGUCGGGGUCUUUGUGUUCCUCUAUGGAUGUGUUACUGUUGAUGAUGACAUUCCCAGUAUGGAAAUCUGUGAUCCACGGAAGAACGUCACCAUGUGUCCGCUUUGUGAUCGAGUGUGCAGUUACUGGAAUCUGAGCACAGCGUGCGGGACGGCUCGGGCCAGUCAUCUGUUUGAUAAUCCUGCCACCGUCUUCUUCUCUAUCUUCAUGGCGCUGUGGGCCGCUUUCUUCAUGGAGCACUGGAAGAGACGGCAGAUGUGUCUGAACUAUGAGUGGGAUCUCACAGGCUUUGAGGAGGAGGAGGAAGCACUGAAGGAUCACCCGCGAGCUGAGUAUGAAUUCAGAGUCAUGCAGAAAUCCCUAAAGAAAGAGCACAGAUCACCAAAGCCAGAGAAAGAAAAGCUGACCUUUAAAGACAGAUUUCCUGCAUACAUGACUAAUUUCAUCAUGAUGUUAUUAAUGAUUGGUGUUACGUUCGCAAUAGUGUUUGGUGUGAUUUUAUACCGGAUAUCAACCAAAGCUGCUCUUGCUAUGAGCUCAAACCCGAUGACCCGCUCGAAUGUGAAGCUGACAGUUAAAACCACAGCAGCCAUCAUAAACCUUGUGGUGAUACUCAUCCUCGAUGAGGUGUACAGCGCUGUUGCACGCUGGCUCACCAUCCUUGAGGUUCCUAAAACAGACAAGAGCUUCGAAGAGCGUCUGAUCUUCAAAACCUUCAUCCUUAAGUUUGUGAACGCGUUCACCCCUAUCAUAUACAUCGCUUUCUUUAGAGGCAGACUCGGUGGACGUCCUGGAAGUUACCUCUAUGUGUUUGAGUCCUAUCGUAUGGAGGAGUGUACUCAAGGUGGCUGUUUAAUGGAGCUCUGUAUUCAGCUCAGUAUCACCAUGCUGGGCAAACAACUCAUCCAGAACAAUCUCUUUGAGAUAGGCAUACCUAAACUGAAAAAGUUAAUCAGGUUCAUCAAAUCCAAAAGAGGAUCUUUCCAAGAGGAGGAAUAUGAGAAGAAGUUACAGCGUUAUGAGACAGAUUAUUUCUUGGAGCCGUUUGUUGGCCUUACGCCCGAGUACAUGGAGAUGAUAAUCCAGUUUGGUUUUGUGACUCUCUUUGUGGCAUCCUUUCCAUUGGCACCUCUGUUUGCUCUCCUAAACAACAUUAUUGAAAUUCGUCUGGAUGCCAAGAAGUUUGUUGCAGAGCUCAGGCGACCUGUUGCAGCCAGAGCCAAAGACAUUGGAAUCUGGUAUAAUCUUCUCAGAGGAGUCGCAAAAGUGGCAGUUAUAGUCAAUGCAUUCGUGAUCUCCUUUACUUCAGACUUUAUUCCACGGCUGGUCUAUCAGUAUAUGUACAGUCCAGAUGGAUCAAUGCACGGCUUUGUCAACCACACUCUCUCAUACUUUAAUGUCAGUCACUUUCAGAACAGCACCUCACCGCUGGAGCCCUUAUAUCUGGGCUUUCAUGUGGACAUCUGCAGGUAUAAAGACUACAGAGAGCCUCCUUGGUCUCCAACACCUUAUGAAAUCUCCAAACAGUUCUGGACCGUUUUGGCAGCCAGACUAGCAUUUGUCAUUGUCUUUCAGAACGUGGUCAUGUUGAUGAGUGAUGUGGUGGACUGGAUCAUCCCAGAUAUUCCCAAAGACAUCAGUUUACAGAUCCAUAAAGAAAAGGUCCUCAUGAUGGAUCUGUUUAUGAAAGAGGAACAGGGAAAGACACAGCGAUCGGAGAGCGGCUUUAAGGAGUCACUAACACGCUCCCGCUCCGUCUCUCACACGCCCUACAAAAACUACUAACAUCACAUAAAACUUAAUCGUUACAUUCCAGUGACGAACAAUAAACCAUAUCGCCAGUCUCCACUGCCUUUCCUCCCAUACUGUACAUUACUUUUGUUUUUUCUAGUGUGAUAUUUCUUUUUGUAACACUUAAUUGAGAUAUUCUUCAUUCUGUCAGUGAAGUUCAUGUUUUCUGAUCAUAGCUGUGGUGAAUUUUUUAAUGACAGCGGUGGACAUGAGCUCCUCUUCACAUUGGUAAAUACAGUUUGAUAAGAGUCUUGCUGAGCAAGUUAUACUUCAACUGUUGAUGUGUUUAAAGUUUGCGAACAUGUCUUAUAUAGUGGUCUUAUAUAGUGACAGUUUAAAGUAACACUAUUUAUUAACCCCCCCCCCCCCCCCAAAAAAAAAAAUUAUUGAGGCUAUCGAUUGGCACAAUAGCACAUUUUCGAAUUACAUUAACAACAAACAACAUGUAAUAGUGGUUAUACAGAAGUGUGUUUUGUUUCUCGAACAAGUUGCAUGUGUAAAUAUUUUGUGCAGAAGUUUGAUUUAAAACACCAAAUAGAUGACACUUCAAUGUCUUAUCAGUGCAUAUAAACACUUCUUAGUCAAAUGUAUCAUUAUACAUUAAUUUCCCGGACAGGGCUUGUUCUAGUCCCAGAUUAAAAUGCAUGUUUGAGCUGCCUUAAUUUAACAAUCUUAACAUAUCAGUGCCAUUGUCUUGUCUCAAGAUGAACACCAGUAUUGUUUUUUAUGUAUUUCCUUAAGGUUCCAGUGCCUUUUGGCAGUUCUCAUACAAAUACACAGAUUUUUACAAAUUAUAAAAAUGCAUUUGUCUAAAAACGUUAUAUCCACAGGAUUUUUUUCUUGGCAGAGAGCUUUCAUUUAGGCUUAUAUGAUUCAGUUAUUGGAGCAAAAUCACAUUAUCUUUAUCUACAUGAUACACAUUUGCAAAUAUUUCAUUACACAGUUGUAUAAUAGUUCAUUUUUAUAUUGCCAUAAAUUAUUUCUACAUCUGACACUUCAUGUUUAGCUUUAAUUGAUAUUAAAUGUAUUGUGUGCCUGUAUUUGAUCAAAGCAUCAUAGUUAGGUUAUUGACAUCUGAUAAUCCCAUCAUUCAUCCAAUUCAUACAUAUAGUCUGCAAUACUGCUAGGAUAUCUGCAAUACUUGUGUAUUUUUAAACAAACUGAUACUGUACAGUAAACACCUCAGCUUUAUAAAGCAGGUAAUGCUCUGUGCUUGGAUAUUUUUAAGGUUUUUAAAAGAGUAGAAUAGUUUUUAAAUAUUGUACAAUGUUGCUUUUUUGAAACAAAGCAAAUGUGUGUCAAUUUUGAAUACUGAGGUAGGCAAAUGUAAAUGCCUUGCUUCCUACACUAGAAACACUUUGUAUUUAGUGAAAUCAGCAGCAGUGUAGUCAUGUAACUAUACAGAACAUCUACAAUAAAGACUGCUUAUUUAA